GUAAGGUCCAAGCUAAAGUACCUUGAGAAUAAUGAUGAUGUAUGUACGAGAAGAUGCAGGAAGAUGGUGUUUUCCCUAAUCUCUAUACUUAUAACUAUGUGAUGAAUCAGCUUUGUAAAGAUGGAAGAACAAAAGAUGCGUUUAAAGUGUUCGACGAAAUGCGUGACAGAGGAGUAUCGUGUAAUAUUGUUACUUAUAAUACUUUGAUUGGUGGGUUAUGUAGAGAGAUGAAGGCGAAUGAAGCUAAUAAGGUUAUGGAUCAAAUGAAAGGCGAUGGAAUCAACCCGAAUCUGAUUACGUAUAACAUUUUGAUUGAUGGGUUUUGUGGUGUGGGAAAAUUGGGGAAGGCGUUGAGUUUAUGCAGAGAUUUGAAGUCAAGAGGUCUGUCUCCGUCUCUUGUCACGUAUAAUAUUCUAGUUUCCGGGUUCUGUAAGAAAGGGGAUACUUCAGGAGCAGGUAAGGUGGUUAAGGAGAUGGAAGAGAGAGGGAUUAAACCGUCCAAAGUAACAUACACGAUACUUAUCGACACAUUUGCUCGUAUGGAUAACAUGGAGAAAGCAAUUCAGCUUCGAUUAUCAAUGGAGGAACUAGGAUUAGUCCCGGAUGUUCAUACCUAUAGCGUAUUGAUUCACGGGUUUUGCAUCAAAGGUCGAAUGAAUGAAGCAUCGAGGCUUUUUAAGUCGAUGGUCGAAAAGAAGUUUGAACCAAACGAGGUGAUAUACAAUACAAUGGUUCUCGGGUAUUGCAAGGAAGGUAGUUCUUAUAGAGCAUUGAGGAUGUUCAGGGAGAUGGAAGAGAAAGAGUUGCCUCCAAAUGUUGCUAGCUAUAGAUAUAUGAUUGAAGUUCUUUGUAAAGAACGAAAAUCGAAAGAAGCUGAGGGUUUGGUUGAGAAGAUGAUUGAUUCAGGGAUUGAUCCAUCUGAUUCAAUCCUUAAUUUGAUCUCUAGAGCCAAAAAUGAUUCACAAGUAAGCUCAAAUUAAUGAUUAGAGCAGUUUUACUCUGAAAUAAAUUACAUAAGUUUUC